AUUAGCAUAGAGGGAAUGAAAGAAGUAGAUUGCCUCUUCCCCUUUGUGAUAUUUCAUUUGUAUUUCUUUCCUGUCUCUGUAGGUAUUGAAGAGCUUUGUAACAAAAGGGACAUCUUAAAACGACAGAUAGAACAGGAGGCAGAAGAGAAAGCGAAACUUCAGAGUGAUAUCCACAUUCUUACAGAAAGGUUGUCAAAAGUGAAUGAAAGCCUGAGCAGAAAACUUUCUGUCCAAAAUGAAUUUGAUCGGACAAUUUGUGAAACAGAAACAGCAUACAAGAAGAUUUUAGAAAGUUCUGAAACCCUUCUGAAUGUCUUGAAGCGAGAAUCUCAACGAGUACUGGGAGAGAGUAACAGCGACUUAAUAUGACAGCAGUAUCAUUUCAACAUGGUGCGAUACACAACACCAUUCUACUCCUCCUUAUAUUCUAGUACCUGGUCUGUGGAAGUUGGCAAGAAUUUAGGAAUCCCAGUUACUGCAUCAUCAUCAUCAUUAGCAUUCCUGUGGAAAUAUCAGCAGCACAAACAUGUAAAUGUACUUGUAUACACAUAGACACACGCAUACACACACACACACCCACUCACAAAUUUUUUUUUUCUAUUUGACUUUUCCUUGUAACCUGUUGACUUCCAACCACAAAUAAUUCCUGGGAGAUAAGCGUGGUGAAAGUGAGCAGAGAAAGCUUAACAAGAUGUCUUACAGUAUCUUGUCUGACAUCUAAGUUUUGUGUUGAAAUCUGACUUACUUUGAUUUUUGUCUUUCAUCUCUUUAUGUGUUUCUCAAAAUAAACGACACUAACCAAC